AUGUUCAUCGACGACGUUGUCGCGCUCACCACCGACGGGAAGAAGCGCGGGAACACUGUUCCGGCCGUGGUGCGCACGGCGAGGAGGACGCGCGGGGGCGAAGCGGGGAAUGCGGGGAGAAAUGGGGGCAACGGGUCUGUGGCCGAGAAUGGAUCCAGGGGUUUGAAUGACCCAAAUGGCCCCAAUGAUCCUAAUAUUUUAAAUGACCCUAAUGACCCUAAUGACCCUAAUGGACCCAAUGGACCCAAUAAUUCAAAUGGUCCCAAUAGAACCAAUAGAACCAAUAGUUCCAAUGCAUCCAAUGGCUCCAAUGGCUCCAAUGCAUCCAAUGGCUCCAAUGGUGGCCGAGGAAACGGGGAAACGGGGAAUCGUCGUGGGUCCAACACGCAGCAGAGGUCGGUUUCUCCGCUGUGGCUCUCCUUGGAUGGGGAGCCAUCGUACAAAGGAAACGGGAAGGGCGUGGCGGAGAAUUGGUCGGCGAUUCUGCAGGAAAACGAAUGGAUCGGCGAGCUGAUGAUGCAGUGCAGCGAAGCGGACGACCUCAACGCGUUGCUCGCGUUGCUCGAGCAGCUCCAUGCUGAGAAGGCGCUCUCCAACGAACUCAUCGAAGCCGUGCGCGUCGUCGCGUCCGCACGGCUCAGUCCCGCGGUGACCCCGACGUUAACGCGGCAGCAGAGCGCGGGAACGGGGAGCUCGCUGUUUCUAGGCACGGAGGGGCAGUCGCCGAUGCUGUUCUCGCCGAUCGCGUCGAACCCUGCGGAUUAUAAGCGGUACCGAGCGAGCGCGCCGUUCGGAAGAGCCGUGCGCGCGCCGUUCUUUCGGAAGCAGCCGAUGAAGGGGAAGAGCCUGGGGAUUCGAGGGUCGCUGGGGAGCGAUGCGUCCGGAUGGGGAGGCGGGAAUGGGAAGGGGGAGAGAACGGGAACGGAGGAGGAAGUGGGUGAUUUAUUGUAG